CCCCCGCACUUUUUUUACGUCGUUUCCCUCCCCCACCCUUUACUCCAUUUUGUUCCUUUACGAAAUGUCGUCCUCUCCGACAUACCAUGCCGUCCCUGUCAGUGACAUUCCUUCUUCAGCAACAACAAUAGCACCUAUCAAAAGGGGUCGGUCUAUGCUAGCAGCACUUAUGCUUGCUAUCUGUGUGGUUUCGUUUGUUCUGCAAACAGAGCUUGCACAAUACGUCCAACGUACUACCAAUUUCUCAAAACCUUAUUUUAUUCUAUAUAUUAGCCAUUGCUGCUAUGUAUUUAUGGCCCCAGUGCAGUUUAUAGGCGAAAUGAUUGCACGUUACAAGAGCCCGAGCAAAGGCUUGGUAGAGCUAGCCAAAGAUACUGCACGGGAAUGUAAACUCGAGCUUGAACAAUCAUUGGAAGAUUUACAGCACCAAGUGGUCGGUAGCAACGAUAACAGCAAACUAUCUCGCCUUCGGUUUUCUGUACGCACGGUCAUUCUGCUUGCCGUUCUCUUGACGAUUCCAUCCUAUAGUUGGUACGUCAGUGUCAACCUCACCAGCAUGGCCAACCUGACAGCCAUAUACAACACCGGCUGUCUAUUUGCCUAUCUGUUUUCCAUUCUAAUGCUGGGCGACAAGCUUGUUCUAACCAAGGUGAUUGCCGUAUUCCUAUGCGUGACCGGCGUCUUCACUAUGGCCUUCUGGCCUUCUGACGUUAGCGAUGGCCAAGACAAGGCUAGUGACGGAUCCGUCGACGACGAUGAUAGUAACCGGAGCUAUGCCGUCUCAGUAUUGGGCAUUGCUGUAGCAGCAUUGGCAGCAGCAUCGUACGGAUUUUAUGAAGUCUACUAUAAAAAGUAUGCCUCACCACCACGGCCGUCAGUCCUGUUUGCCAAUGCGGUUACAACAGGUAUUGGCAUAACGACAAUUUUAUUGCUAUGGAUUCCGAUACCAAUCUUCCACUGGAUGGGCCACGAAACGUUCCAAGUGCCUGAUCUACGAACGUUCAUGUAUAUCUUGGGCAUCGCAUCCAUGAGCGUCGUCUACAACGCCACGUUUAUGUGCGUCAUUGCACUUGUAAACCCCGUCUUUGCAGCCGUCGGCGUAAUGCUUACUGUACCCGCUGUAGCCAUCACGGAUGUCCUUGUGACAGGCGUCAUGACCCCACUGUCCACCAUCGUUGGAAGCAUAUUCAUCCUCAUUGGCUUCUAUAUCCUCAACCGUCAAGUAAAAGCCACCCAAUAAGCUUCUAUCAUUCCCGUCUAACUAUAUCCUCACAAUCAUACACAUAUAUAUAAACAGCACAGUAAUAAAGG